AUCUCACCCUUCGAUGGAUUUUCUUUUGCUGCAACACGGCAUUUUCCGCACUCCCCUAAGAUUCAGAACUCGCUAAAGUCUAUCAAGGUUGUCUUACCCCAAGCAUUCCCCGCAAACGACUAUACUAGAAUCGUUCCUAGUGCAGUCUCCACAACUUGCUCGUUGAUUUGUCUGAAUCAUUAGUCCGCUGUCCUCUUGUGUAUCAUUGGGCAAUAUGAGUCAUAAACGCCUUUAAGUUCAUGUUUGGCAUUCCAAAUCGACCUCAUGUCCAGACCCAAGUUGGCCUCUGAAUGACUCUAUUUGGCCGGUUCGAUCGAAAAUUCAAGUCAAAGGUAAAUCUGAGCAUGGAUAAACAUAACCAAUUCCAGUCGUCCAACAGCAUAUAUGAUCGGCAUGAUGACCAGCAUUGGAGCCCGUUGAUCAGCGGAGCCUUGAAAGCAUUACUUCUUGCAUACUGUCCAUUUUCUCGCCAUGGACAACAAAUUGGAGGCAUCUGAGACGAUUGAAAACGUCCCAAAGAAUCCAUACCUCUCCGGUACGGAUACCGAGGACGACGAAGUGGCAGCUGAAGCUAUCGGUGGCACCACGAAGGAUCUUCCGCCAGGCUACUACCGCAGCCCUAGCUUCAUCGGCACUAUUGUGGCUCUUUGCUUGGGCAAUUGCUCGUGCUAUCUUGGCUGGGUGCUUCCUGCCAAUACGUUACUUCUGAUUAAUGAGGAUAUCGGUCCCGAUCCAAAUAUUACCUGGGUUGCUCUUGUGUGGACUUUGACGAUAUCGGUCUCCUUCGUUCUCACCGGCCGCUUCUCAGACCUUCUAGGUCGUCGUUGGUUCUUCAUUAUUGGCAAUGCAAUCGGCCUAGUUGGCACAAUCCUCGGCGCAACCGCGCAUAAUGUCAACCAGCUUAUCGUUGGCAACGCCCUGACAGGGAUUGCAGCCGCUGUACAGCUAUCUUUCACAGUGGUCAUUUCCGAACUCCUACCUGCGAAGUGGCGCGGCUAUGGUAUCGGGGCACUGUUUUUCUCAUCCAUGCCUUUCGCUGCGUUUGGUCCUGUUAUUGCUCGAUCCUUCAUCACGCAUACGUCUGCUGGCUGGAGAUGGUCUUACUACCUCAACAUCAUUGUGGCAGGACUCACGGUGCUGUUAUUCUUUCUUUUUUAUCAUCCACCAACCUAUGGUAUGCUACACACAAGACACUCUAAAAGCGACAUUUUCAAGAUGCUGGACAUUGGUGGAGCUGUUUUGUUUCUUGGAGGUCUGGUCCUAUUCUUGAUUGGAAUUAGCUGGGGGGGUGUCAUUUAUCCUUGGAAGUCCGCUAAGGUUAUUGGAAUGAUUAUCGGGGGAUUUGGAAUUCUCGUUGUUUUCGUUCUUUACGAGGUAUACAUCGUGAAGGAGCAUCAACUCAUCCCCAUGCGUCUUUUCAAAAAUCGCGGCUACGUUGGCACAAUUCUCACGGCCGCCAUCGGCUCUUGCGUUUACUACUCCAUGAACGUACUUUGGCCCGCACAGAUAGGAGUUCUAUACGAGACUAGCGUGAUGAACGUGGGUUGGUGGAGCUGCGUUAUCGGUGCAGGCGCUGUCAUCGGUCAGACUCUUUGUGGUGCUCUUGUUAGAGUUCUUCGAAAGCAAAAGUGGCAACUCGUCUUUACCACACUCUGCCUCGUUGCAUUCACAGGCGGUAUGGCAGCAGCAACUACAAAGACGAGAUCGAUGGCGCUAGCAUUCGUGCUGCUAGCGAGCAUUGCGUUGGGUUACCUAGAAAACACGGCCUUCACGAUUGCUUCGUUCUGUCUUCCACCUGGAGACCUUGGCCUUGCACUCGGACUCCUCGGCUGCGUUCGAUCAUCGAUUGCUACUGUUGCAUCGGCUGUAUUUCAGACCGUUCUCAGCAAUAAACUCACCACGAACCUACCAAAGUACGUUACUCCAGCUGCCACAAACGCUGGCCUCCCCCCGUCGUCGCUGCCCGAGCUUUUCAAGGCUUUAACCACUGGAAACUUCACGUCUGUUCCCGGAAUCACGCCCGAAAUUACUGCUGCCGCUGCAGCAGCGAAUCAAACUGCUUACACAGAGUCAUUCAAGGUCGUCUACUUGGUGUCUCUUGCGUUCGGCGGCCUUGGAAUCAUCGCUUCUCUGAAUGCUCCGAAUGUUGAGAAGUUCUUCACAGAAAAUAUCCCACGUCGGUUGCACGGAAGGGAUAUUGAGAAGAAGACGUUCGCUAAUGAAAAAGUUGAACAAGUCUAAACGAAUUGUAUUCACAACGACUACCUGUU